AUGGGAAAUAAAAAGGAACUCGAACUCUUCGGUGGCAGCAAAGGCUGGAAAGCCGAAGAUUGGACAGCAAGUGACGACAGGGUUCGAGGAGGAUCGUCGCAGUCUUACCUCGACACCUCAGGAUCAUCAGCCCAUUUCCACGGCACCCUUGACAUCAAGACGCUAGGUGGCGCCGGUUUCGCCAGUCAACGCACAACAGGCGAUGAUCGAUCAUGGGAUCUGUCCGAUUACGCUGGCAUUCAUCUCCGCGUAGAUGAAUACGACGGCAAAAAGUAUACCUUGACCUUGAAAGACGAAAUUCUACCGUUAAAUCCAGAAAAUGGCCGUGAGCAGUCGACUAUCAGCUACGAGUACGACUUCAGCUCAUCGAGCGCGGAGGGCCUCUAUGUCCCGUGGCAUGCGCUAAAGGCUACGUAUCGAGGGAAGGAGAAAAAGGACGCAAAGCCGCUAAAUACGAAGAGUGUGAAGCGCUUUAGUAUCAUGAUGAGGAGCUUCUUCGGCGAACAGGAAGGCGACUUCUCGCUUGAAAUCAAGUCUAUCAAGGCCAUCUCCCAGUCUACUGACCCCGAGAAAGGCGUCGUGGGCGAGAAGGGCGAUUUAAACGAGCCUGGCAAACCUUGGAACUGGAAGGAAUCAAAUCUUGUUGGUCUGGCACUCAUUCUAUCUUCGACUUGGGCUAUCUGCUUUGGCUUCUGUUGGUGGAAAGGCUACGAUACGAGCUUCAUGAGAUUUGGAAGGUGGUGGAGAAUGGCAAGAUCUUAG